AUGCCCAAAUCCAUUUGCAUCAGACACCAACAAAUUUCACCCAAAAAUAAUUGUUUAUUUCUUAAUAACGAAAAUGCCCCUCCGGAAUCCCUUUUCCCCCUUUCAAUUCACGUGAAUUCCAAUUCUCUCUCUCUCCCCCAAAUUCGAUUAAAUUGGGGAAAAAGGAAAUUAUAGAUCAAUCGCCGCUUUCCUUUGUUGAAUUUUCGAUUGAAUUUUUUGUUUUUUUUUUCAGAACGCCGGAAAACCGUUUUCGCCUUUUUUUUCCGGCAUCUGAUCGGAAAUGGUUACCCCGGAGAACACGAAUUGGCUGUACGAUUACGGGUUCGAGGAUAUUACAGUUCCCGUCGGCAAUUUGUCUUCGCCUAGCCCUGGAUUUUCGUGGCCCGUUCAGCAACCCUUGAAUGGCGGCUCAUCAAAUGCUAGUGUUGAAAUUGACGGAUCACUUGGAGAAUCAGAUGUGCAGAAAGAAACUGGAUCGAAAAAGAGAGCUAGAACUGAAUCAUGUGCUCCAUCAAACACCAAAGCAUGCAGGGAGAAACAAAGAAGGGAUAGACUAAACGACAAGUUUAUGGAAUUAGGUGCUAUUCUUGAACCUGGAAGACCUCCCAAAACAGAUAAAUCUGCUAUUUUAUCAGAUGCCCUUCGUAUGGUAACUCAACUAAGAACCGAAGCUCAGAAACUCAAAGACGCAAACUUGAAUCUCCAAGAGAAGAUUAAGGAGCUCAAAGCUGAGAAAAACGAGCUUCGUGAUGAGAAGCAAAGGCUGAAGGCUGAGAAGGAGAAAGUGGAGCAGCAGCUAAAGACGGUGAAUGGGGCCCCACAACCCGGCUUUUUGCCAGCUCAUCAGGCCAUGCCAGGUGGCAACAAAUUGGUUCCGAUUAUCAGCUAUCCAGGCGUCGCCAUGUGGCAGUUCAUGCCGCCUGCCGCUGUUGACACGUCUCAAGACCAUGUGCUCCGCCCACCGGUGGCAUAAGCUGCCGGCACCUUUGAUGACAUGUUUUAUUGCGUGUCGAAAAUUAUUCGUCGCUGUUUAACUAGUUUUUUGUUCAAGUAUAUUUAUAUCUAACUUGGAUCUUAUGGCGGAUUACUGAGACCAUUUUGUGAUUGUUAAAACUUUAAUUCUAGUGUUUAGUUUAAUGGUGGUUUGAAAUUUGUGUAAAGUUUAAUAAUUUUCGCUCUGCGUAAUUAGUGCUCUCUUAUGUUAA